CACUCCUGAAUUGCGUCGUUUCCGCGUGUGUGUGUAUGUGGGGCAGUCUUUAUUUUAUUCACUACACAACAGCAUUUUUAUUUUUAUUUUUUUCCAUUAAAUUAAAUUUUUGCUUCAUUUUGUGUGAAGAGUUACGAUCAGACAUGGUACUUGUAAUAGAAAAUAAACAUUUCAAAUUGUUUUUUUAAGUUUCAGCAGAGUGAAGAAAAGUUGAGAAUUCUGUAUUGCAGCAUAAAUUUACAUGAUUUAUUGCAGCGUCAUACAUUUUUACAGAACUUCCUUUUAACUUUGAAUUACUUUUAAUAUGUAAAUAAUAUUUAAGAUGCAUUUAGACUGUGAUGAUUUGGCAAAUGUUCGCCAUGUGUAAUUCCCAUUACAGCAAUAUUCCAAAGGCAUGAAAUUGGUCAUGCAUUUAAUGUACAUGUAGUUUACAAGUGGUUUUUAACUGGAAUCUGGCAUCAUUCACGCUGUAGCCCAUUGUGGUUUUCUAUGCUACACUUCUCAUUUUGUCUCGCUCUUAAACCGUGUGAAUUUAGUAGGAAAUUAUUAUAUAAUUUCCCGUAAUAUAUUUUUAUUUGUGUUUUCCAUCUUAUUUGUGUUGUUCUAUUCACUAUUAUUCUAUUUGUCUAAAUCUCAUUACAGUUUUGUAUUGAGUUUUAGGUUAUAAUUGAGAAAAGGCUGCACUAUAGAUUUUUUUUUUAAAGCUUUAUUCUAUUUUAUUUAGUUAAACUUAAACUUAUUAACUGAGCCACCAAAAAUCGUACUCAGUCUCGAUAUAAAAUUAAAAGAUGGAAUUCAGGAGAAUUACCUGCUGAAAGGCAGAAAUUUGAUGGUGGCGUGGUCCUGUGUCCAUUGUCCGUGUGCGCCGCGGCAUUCCGGAAAUCCGCGAUACGUGUCUUUGGAGUACGUUCACAUCUCCAUGGCAAUUGAAGGGCUAUUGGUGGGCGAUAAUGGGACAUUGAUUAUUUGGUGGAUGGCCAUUAUCGCGAGGGAAGGUCCAGUCCAGGCCUCCCACAGCUUCAUUAGCAGCCCAUGGCGUUUAGCAAAGAAUGGCACAGACAUGACGGGGCAUGUCCUCUAGUUGCUAAAUUUCUUUAGUCAUUUCUGGCAAGGAGAGGGUUAAUAAAGCGCCACCCCCGCCCCGCUCCACCAAUGCUGUCUCUCCACGUGCGGUUCAUUGUCUCCCCUCAUUCGGUUAAUUUCCUGCGGGCCUUUGUCAUUUCAGCUUGCUAUUAUUUUCAUCUUUUACUCAUCGAGAGGGAGAGAUGGAUAUUUUAUUUAUAAAGUUGCAGGUAUGUUCUUUGGAAAUAUAUUACUGAUAAUGACACCGUACACUCAUACAGACACACGUGCACGUGUCCAGUCUGAUUCGGACUGGGAAUGAGGCUGUUCACGGUGGUGCAUACAUGCCCAGUGGUUACUCACUGGUGCGUACUUAAGUAUUAGCACUGUAUUAAGUGUAGCACUGUCUGGAGGGCAGCAUCUCUCGGCCGUGCGAUUUCCUCCCUGAGUGUGCUGGGGAUUGAUCCCUGCAGGCACUGUCAGCUGUGGGUCCUUCUGCAGCUGCCUGAAUGAGGAGCACAGACUGUUCCGCUGUCCUUUUUAAAAAAUAAAUAAAAGCAUUAAUUAAUAAAAAAUGUGUUCAAGCUCAUUUAAUUUUGUAGCCAGGGUUCCAAACAAACUGAUUCGGUGAAAGACGGGACAUUCCUUUUAAAUUAAAUCCAAGUUAAUACGCACAUUCAGUUUAAGGUGCUGGAAAAAUAAGCUGUUGUUACUGUUAAACCUAGGUGUGUACAUUUGUUUUCAGUUAGCAUAAUUGCAGCGUAGUUUGUCCAUCUUUGAUUAUAUGUCGGCUGUGAUUAUCACAUUUUAUUAAGUUCUCCGUAGUCUGUGGGAAUAGGAAAUAGGGAAUGUAAUCCAUUCCUAAAGUAUGCUGAAGGUAAAAUAUAAAUAUUUUUAUUUCAUAUCAAUCAGGAGAUUUUUUUGGUUUGAACGGCAAUAACUGAGAGUAUUUAUAAAUGGUUAUCCAUUUUUAAACGUACUCUCACUGAAUAUUAUUUUUAAGAUGGUGGGUUCACAAACUUAGGGUUGGGUGGGUGUAUGUGUCCUACUCUGUAAAUUGAAAAAUUGAGUGCUCACAAAUGCACAAUUUGUGAAUUGAGACUUGUGAUAUAUACAAAAAAUGUUCCAGUUAAAACAUGAAAAUCACACAAUCAAAACAAUAUAUACAAAACAAUACCUGAAAGAUUAGAGAAUUAUAUGUUUGUGUCCAAAACAAAGUUCUAAUUGUUUAAUUCUGUAUUUUAGCACACACCCAAAGUCCAUGACAAAUCACUAGCUAGCAUAUGACUCUGCUGGUUUUAAAGAACUCCUGCAGUAAGGCAUGCCAGGACUUGUUUGAGUGUGGUCGGGGGAGGGAUGUCAGAAAGAGCCUUACAUGACCAGUUGGAGCACUGUGAUUGGUGUAUGGCCAUUAAAGCUCAUGAUCCUGGAAUGAUUUUGCCAGAAUAAUGGUUGCAUAAGUCUAGGAUAUGACCAAACAGAACCUUCAGUUGGAAAAGCGUCCUGGCUCCUGUCCUGUUGAUGUGGAAUAAGUGGAGAUGACAGUUUUGCAUGGCGAUGAGAGCUGGGUCGUGGUGCCUGCCUGUUUUACCAGCCUUCGCAUGCUGCAGUGGCUGAGGCAUGUAUUGAUGAUUUUUCAGAAGUAUUCACCAGAGCUCAAUAAGCUGUUCUGCCAGCUUGCGAAGACGUGCCCCGUGCAGAUGCAGGUGACCUGUGCCCCUCCCCCCGGGGCCGUCCUGCGCGCCACUGCCGUCUACAAGAAAUCUGAACACGUGGCCGAGGUGGUCCGCCGCUGUCCCCACCACGAACGGACCCCCGAAAACAACGACGACUCUACCCCCCGUAGUCACCUGAUUCGGGUGGAGGGCAGCCAGCGUGCCUAUUACACCGAAGACAGCAACACCCGGAGACACAGCGUCCUGGUGCCCUAUGAGCCCCCACAGCUGGGCUCAGAGUGCACCACUGUCCUCUACAACUUCAUGUGCAACAGCAGCUGCAUGGGCGGCAUGAACCGCAGGCCCAUCCUCACAGUCAUCACCCUGGAGACGCAGGAAGGGCUGGUCUUGGGCCGGCGCAGUUUUGAGGUUCGGGUUUGCGCCUGUCCGGGCCGUGACAGGAAGACGGAGGAGGAUAACCACAGGAAGCUGCAGGAGAAGAGCGUCACCAAGGCCGCCACCGGCACCAAACGCAGCCUGCCCGCCUCACGGCCCGAUGACAGCAAAAGAACCAAGACCAGCUCCAGUAACGAGGAAGAGAUCUUCACCCUGCAGGUCCGUGGGAAGGAGAGGUUUGAGAUGUUAAAGAAGAUCAACGAGUCCCUGGAGCUGAAAGACCUGGUGCCAGCUGCUGAUUUGGACAAGUACAGGCAGAAACUGCACUCCAAGAGCACCAGCAAGCGAGAGCGCGAAGGAGUGGAGCCCAAGAAAGGGAAGAAGCGGCUUGUGAAGGAGGAGAAGAGCGACUCCGACUGAACUGGGGAAAAAUUUGAAGAAGGAGAGGAUUCCAUUUCACUUCCGUCUUCUAACAAACAACUGUUAUUUGCUAUUCUGGGUUGGGGUCAGUUUUGUAAUCAGUUCAGUCAUUUCAGAAAACUAAUAAUUGAAAUUCAGUGAAUUAAUUGAAAAAUUGUCAGAACAGGGUGGGGCAUUCUUUUUUUUCUUUUUUUUUUCUUUUCUGGAUUUGGCAGAAUUGAAACAGAGUUCACUCUAACCCAGUUUGAUAUGUAGAGUGAAAGAUCCUGGGACACGGGUAACGUUUUAGUGAAUGAUUAUUUGUAGUCUGAAUUGGCAUACUUUUUAGUUCUCUUCUGUAUUGUAGCGUGCAAAAUAUUAUGAGAACCUUUCCAAACUGUACUCUUUAACUGCCUAAUAAUUUUCUCCGCUGCAGACAUUUCCUUAUGCCGUUUGUUAAAUACCACCCUCGACUAAAUGUGUUCCUUACUCUACUGACGCACAAGCUGUUCUAUUCCAAUUUUUUUGAGGGGGAUUUGCGUAUAUCGCUUUCUGGACCAAUUCUUUUCAUGGCAGUGAAAAGUGGCGUGAAGAGCAUUUUGUAUGCAUUUCCACCAAGCCUUCCCCCCUCACCUAACUCUUCUCCAGCAUUGUGAUACAUUUUGCCCUCACAAUUGCUGUGGCCCUGUGUCUUUGACAAAAUGUUGUACUGUACACUGCCAUUUGUAUAUGAUUAGUAAAUAGUCACUAACUUUCAAUUUUAUAGUUAAGCAUACUAACAUUUCCUGUUAGAUUUUUUGACCUAUCUCCGGAUAAAUCUUGACAAUUUUUAUUAUUGUGGUCUCAGUUUUACAGCGCGCGAGAGAGAGUCUGGGCUGCAUUUUGCGGUUGUGGUUGCCUUCUAAUGCAGCUAGACUUCACAGGAUCUCACAGUCUGUUACCAUAGCUACUGUGCAUACUAACCAAAUAUUUAGCACUGUGGUUAUGGGAGUGUAGUUGUAGACUGACUGACUGCCAUUUGCAGUCAGUAUAGUAAUGGAGGAUGAUGGGCUACAGAGGAUAGAAGACCAAAUGGUUAUCCAUGAACAGAGCAUGGCGUCAGAGCAGAGAAUAUCUUUGCUGUUCUUUUGACAGGGCUACUGCUGAUUCAGAGGGAUGAAUGACCGUUAGUGGUGACGUUUCUCCUGUUCCUGUUUUUUAUCUUUAUUUUUCUACAUUUAAAAAAAUGUUUGUUGUAGCUUUGUUUGCUUGCAACUUAUUUUUCAUUAUGAAAGUUCCUGCUCACACACACACACACACACACACACACACACACACGCAGGUUUGCCGCGCAUGCUUAUUUUAUUUUUAUAUUUUUUUAGUGAGUAUACACUGCAGUAUGCGCAGGCGCACAAACAUACCCAAACAUAUACACACGCACGCUUACACAAACCCCUCUUCAUAUAGGUAACACUGUUGUCUUUUUCAUAAAAUAGAAAAGCUAGAAAUAAAAUUGAUGAAAACAAA